UGAAUUACAAGGUUCUUCAGAAGAUGAUGAGGUCAUUCAACCAGGGUUCAUCGGCCCCAGCCUUCCUUCACCUCUAUUUUCCUCUCUUUAUGCCCACCCCCAAGCACAGAUGAAAUGGCGAUUGGUUAUCUCUUCCUCUUGCCAGCCCCUUAAGGAUCCGAGGUGAAUUAGUAGCAAGAAAGCAUGUAAUUGACAGAGUCACGUGUGCUCAGGGGCCAGAAACCGGAGAGAGAAGAGAAAAAAAUCAAAAGAAGGAAAGCACAUUAGACCAUGCGAACUAAAUUUGUGAUCGCACAAAAUCAAGAUGUUAGACUGAUGCUGAAGAUCACUCCGGUCCAAAGGGAAAGUUUUCAUCUCUGGAGUUUGAAGCUGAGGGCCGGUGGGGCAACAUGGCCGAAGGCGGGGCAAGCAAAGGUGAAGAGCCAGAAAAACUGCCUGGGCUGGCAGAGGAUGAACCCCAGGUUCUGCAUGGCACUGGCCACUGUAAAUGGUUCAACGUGCGCAUGGGAUUCGGAUUCAUCUCCAUGAUAAGUCGAGAGGGAAACCCCUUGGAUAUUCCAGUGGAUGUAUUUGUACACCAAAGCAAACUCUUCAUGGAAGGAUUUAGAAGCUUGAAAGAAGGAGAGCCAGUGGAAUUUACAUUUAAAAAAUCCCCCAAAGGCCUUGAGUCAAUACGGGUAACAGGCCCAGGUGGGAGCCCCUGCUUAGGAAGUGAAAGAAGACCUAAAGGGAAGACCCUGCAAAAGAGAAAACCAAAGGGAGAUAGGUGGAGACGGCAGGAUUUACUAAUGGAUCAGAUGUGGACUGUGAGAGAAGAAGACUCCAGGAUUAUUCCAAGAUGCUACAACUGUGGUGGUCUCGACCAUCAUGCUAAAGAAUGCAGUCUACCUCCUCAGCCAAAGAAGUGCCAUUACUGUCAGAGCAUCAUGCACAUGGUGGCCAACUGCCCACACAAGCUUGCCGCUCAGCUGCCCGCCAGUUCUCAGGGAAGACAGGAGGCAGAAUCCCAGCCAUGCAGCUCUGCAGCACCAAGAGAAGUGGGAGGGGGGCAUGGCUGCACAGCACUGUUUCCUCAGGAGGUGAAGUCAGAAAUGGCAGAGCGCUCAGACAGGUCACCCCAAGAAGUUUCUUCCACGAAAGCGUUUGCAGCAAUAGGAGAGCAAAACAAAAAGGGGCCUUUGAUUCAGAAACGGAAAAAGACUUAGUACUUGUCAGUGUUCUCUUCGCCCGGUCGGGAAGUCUACCUCACGCAAGCACAGGGGAACAGUGGUCCAGCCAGCCGGCCGGGGAUUUAACUACUGCUGAGGAACUGUGAAGUUCUUAACUAGACAAAUCACUCUUAAGCAAACUACAUUUAAGCAGGGUGUCAUGUUUUAUAGACUUGAGAUACUACAUAUAGUAUGUGCAUAAGUGAGAGGGGAGACUUGAAUCUGUAUGUAUGUGUGAGGAUUUCACAUAAGAGUACAGGCACAUACAUAUAUAUAUAUACACUUUUAUAUAUAUGUGGUUGUGUGUGUGUGUGUGUGUGUGUGUGUGUGUGUGUGUGUGUGUGUAGAUAAAAGCACAUACUCUUCCUCAGAUAAUUGGGCAUCUCUAAGCAUUGAAAAUCCAUGUGAAGCAUUUGAGAUGGUUUCAGAGUUAACCCUUGGAAUUUUUUCUAAAUACUACUUCUUUUAUAUUAUGUAAAAAAUGACCACGUGACUGUUACCUUUCAUGUGAACCAAAGCAUACUUCAGAUCUCAGAGCUGCCAGUCAAAUGGUACUAAAGGCUAUUGGGAUACUUGGUGCCUCCCAAGUCUGUAUUCAUAACUCUAUCUUGAUGCUGAUAGAGUGUUUUGCUGUUGCUAUUAUCUGUCCUCUCCUGUUUGAAGGUAGUAACUUAACUCUAGAUGCCUCCGACUGCCAUAAGCUUUUAAUCCUUGGAUACGUAGCUCCAGAAAAGACAAUGAAUGUGAACUUCCUGUGCUGAUAUUUCAGUGUCUUUUAUUCUGUUUGAUUGUAAAUUACAUACCUAUUAAGAAAAAUGAAGGGGAGGGUAAUGUAUAUAGUAAUAUGAUCCUUUUCAGUGGUAUUUUGAUACUAGGUCUUUUACAAGUGCUCUGAGGUUUUUAAGAGAUUGUGGCAACAGAAGCCUCCUUUGACUAAGUAGCUUUUGAACCAUCACUUAGAUCAGGAAGGUCUCUUACUUACUACUGAAGCCUUAGAGAAAAAUUUAAUUAUUUGGGUAUUUUUGGUAGCUGUUUUUAUUUCCCCUGGAGAGUCUCAGACCUGUUUAUAAAACAAACAAAAGCAGCAUAGAAAUAAAAUAGUGGGGCUUAGAAUGAAAAUUAAGUUGCCCAAUCGAUACAGCCCAUGAUUGAUACUAAAAAGAACAGUGUUUGAUGGCCAGCAGAGUGAAUGAGUGGACAGAGUUACCAGAGUGCCCACUGUUCCGCGGCUAGAAAUACUUUAUAUGAUAAUAUUGAUGCCAUGGCAGGUUCCUUGAGUACAGAAGCGGAAGUGUGUGAUAGAUUCAGGAUGAGCACUCAGAUCGAGUCAUAGGAUCUUCUCAGAUGGAUUCUCAGUUUGCUAAGAUUGGCUAGGAACUGAUCGUAGUAUUGGGCUGUUUUCCAUCAUGUUUUGUUUUCUUUUGUUUUUUGAAUGGAGUUAGCCUGGUUCUAAAUGUCAUGAGCAAACUUUUGAAACAUCUUCAAGAAGGUACCAAGGGAUUGCAGUGCCUAAUUUUGGCUGUAACUAUAUGGGCCUGUUGGUAGAAGCUCAGAUAAUCAAACAAGAAAGCAUUGUAACGCAUGAGACACAUUCUACAGAGGAGUCACUUCCUCCUGUGUGUCUUGUCAUGGGAUUUGGGUGAUGCUAAGGUUUCAUCAAGCCACUAGAAGAAGAAAGUGUCUCCGACUAGCUUACCAGUCCUUUCCAGAGUAGCUUGAAUUGCUUGACAGUAUUUAUGAGAGUUCCUAUAGUGUUUUCCUGAAGUAUCAGUGUGCUGUAAUACAGAGCUUACCUUUGACGAUAUUGAAUGUGAUGUAGCCAUAGAGAAGUGCUGCCUUGCCUUAUGUGAGGAUUUCAAGCUUACUUAAAUUAUGUAGACAAAUCAAAGUGUCAUCCAAGUAUAAUGAAGAAGGUAACAGUUGUACAAGCAAAAUAUGAUAGGUCACUCUGAACGCUCAAACCAAAGUUCCUUGACUAUCAAAAUAGGAAAUAAUGGACUUGAAAAUUGGACAUUCUGUUUACAUGUAAAAAUUAAAAGCUGAGGUCAUUUUAAAAAAUGAAAGUAGAAAAUUCAGAAACACUUGAAUAUAGACCUUAUGGGUGCAGUCAACUUCUUUUUCAGCAUCUAACCAGACCGACUUACUAAAAGCACAUACCAAACCUAUCUUAUGGUUAAAAGUUUAUUUUUUAUAUGAAAAUAGUGUCACUAUUACAUGCUCAGGACAAAGAACUUUGCUCAGGGAACAUACCAUAUAAUGUUUUUAUUGGGUUUUUUUACUUUGUUUUGUUUUGUUUUGUUUUUACAGACUAAUGUAUAAUCCUGCUUUCUCAGAGCAAGCCAAAUAAAUUAAGUCUUUAUGUACGUACAUAUACUUGUUAGUAACUACCUCUGAGUUUGACAUUGAUCAUAAUUCUGAAUAUCAUAUAUUGGUCCUUCCUUUUUAAAUUUCAUGUCAAAGUCUUGUAAAGCAGAAUUCCACUCCCUGCAGAUGUGAAUUCACUGAUGUGAGCCCUUGCUCAUUCACACAAGUGAAAAUUCUGUUUACAGCACAUGGCUACCUCCCACUACCACAGAGCACACCUUGAUGCUGCUGUAGCCUGCGGGUUGCUGAUAAUUCCCUGGUACAGACGCUUUUAAUCUGUAGCACAGAUAGGCAUUUGCAACUGCACGUUUCUGAAAAACACCUGUUUUUCUCAUAGACUUCUCAUGUUAAGUAGCAAAAUCUCCAAGCAUUUCCUUAUAGUUACCAUGUGUUAAAUGUAAGGAAGUAUGGACACUCUAAUUUAUCCUAAGCCAAACAGAACACAGAAACAAUCCUGAAAAUAACUCUGUUACCUAGAGGUGAGGGGCAGGAGAGAUAACAAAAGGAAACUUGGUGUUUGUAUUUUGCUGACAAGUGUUAUAAAGAUUCCUACCCCUUCACUUGUAUCUCUACAGUACUGAAGUCAAAGCAUACUGCAGCAUUCCAAGCCCCAGGCACACAACUAACUAGCACCAGCUUGCCAUGGGGGAACUUAAAGUGCAGUGUUGCCUUGAGCCAGGGGGGAAUGGGAUCUGUGGAGCACCACUUUGCAGGGAUUCCUAAUAGUGGGGUGUGGUUUGAGCCAUCUUUUGACCUCCCCUUCAUAGCAACACAAAUGUAAUUCCUAAAAAACGAUUCACUACCAGCCUUUAGCCUGCGAACUGUUCGUUCUCUACACAGCAGGUCAUAGUGGACACAUUUUUAUACUUGCAUUUCUAAUCUUUGGAUGUAUUUUUACAAAUGAAAGAUUUAGGAAGAUUUUUAUCUGCUUAUCACUUGGAAAUUUUAGUGUGCAAUCUAAAGGAAAAGAUAAAGACAUCAAUUAGCAUCAGUCCACCUCCCAAAUAUAGGAUGUUUUAUUGCCAAUUAUUUUUGUAUUCUGGCUGAGCUUUAUUUUGCACCAGGGCAGGCCUAACUUGCUGCUGGUUGUAUGUAGUUUGUGAAUAGAAGCCCAUAAGUGUUAAUAGACCUUGAAACAUUCACUGUAAGAUGAAUUAUACAGGAUGUGGGGAAUCUCAGUAAGUCUUAAAGUUAAUUUAAAGUAAUUUAUCUGUUUUCUCUAAGAAAUGUUUAUCAUAAAAUAUAUAUGUAAUUUCCCAUUUUGGUAUAAAAUCUAGGGAAGUGUGUGCAAGUGGAGUUGUGCUGACUUUGAUUUUCUAGAUGUCUUAAUGAGAUUUAUUUGUUUUAGAAAAAGAAUAACUUGUUGAAAGCACCCAGUUCUGUCUUACAUACUGUCAACAGCCUCUUCAAGUUGUGCCUGUGUGAUCUGUGACCUCCUGUUCGUUUAAAGUGAGACAGUGACCUAUGACUCAUUGUUGACCUUGUACUUGGAACAGAACAACAGCAUUUACAGUGGAGUCCUGUACGACAAGAAAGUGUCAGGAUAUGCAACACACCUGUGGCUUACCCCUUGACGGCCCCAGCUUGGAAAUGAUGGCACCAACUACCUCUUCAGUCACUUCUGGCUAUCAACCACAGGCACUUAGCACCAGGCUGGCUUUAAUUAGUGUAUGUUGUUUUUGUGGUGGUAACAACUCUAUCCAUAUACAGACCAAAGUGAACCCUGGUUUCUCUAUGUCUUUAAUGCAGUGUUGUAUCUAGUAUUUGGAAAUUAUCUCAUUCAGUGUUUAGAUUACCUCACUCCAUUUUGAUUCAUGUUGUUUACAAGUGAACAUUUUUUAAAGAUACACUUGAACUUGCAUUAGAAAGAACAAAGGAGGCGUUGCUAUUAGACUGGCACAGUGCAUUCCACAGACUUGGUGGACUGCUCUCUGCAGACAUGGGCCUAGGACUGUCUUUGUACCGAAUGUCUUACUCUGUUGGCUAUUGAUGUUUUGAGGUUUAAAAUUUCAUGAUAGAAAAUAAAAGAUACAAUGUUGGUGUUUAAGAUGAGUUUGGA